CUUGAGUUUCUUUGUAGCCUAGUUCAAUCAACGGGUCUGAGCCUUUGCUUGCAACUUUUCCUCCGAACACGUUUUACACGCACCUGCAACAAGGCCAGUUCUGCGACGGCGAAGGCGUGAUCAAGGUUUGUGCAGCACCUCCACGAGCGAACGCCAAGGUCUUUGCCUGCCUCGCUCCGUCCCCAGCCGUCUAAGUCACAGCAGCCAGGCGCACCGGGUAUCCCGCCGACCGGGCCCGUUGUUGCCGCAGCCGGCACACAACCAUGUCAGCCUCAGCACAAAAACAGCAACCACCACAAGAGCUGAUGCCGCCGCAGCGGCCGCACCAGCACCAGCCGACGCGGCCGUCCACGGUGACGCCGGCCGAGCACACUGCCAUCGGGGCGCUGGGCGGCACCGUGGAGGUCUGCAUCAUGCAGCCGCUGGUGGGCAUCAAGAACGCGCUGCAGGAGGGCCGGCCCAUCCCGCGCCACCCGGCGCACCUGUACCGCGGCCUGCUGAUGAACAUCGUGUCCAUGGCGCCCAUCACCGCGUCACAGUUCGGCACCAACCGGCUGAUGCAGACUGUGGUGCUCAACAAGUCGGAGGCCGACCUCACGCCGCUGGAGCGGUUCGGCAGCGCGGGCGUGGCGGGCGCGGUGUCGGCCUUCAUCGCCUCGCCCUCGGAGCUCAUCAUCAUCCAGCAGCAGAAAAGUGGGAGAUCGCUGUCCGCGGAGACGUCCCACUUCAUGCAGACCUACGGCGCCUCGUCGCUCGUGCGCGGCUUGAUACCCGCCAUCGGUCGUGAGAUGCUGUACGCGGCCGGCUACCUGGGCCUGUUCCCCAUCAUCAAACAGAACCUGGACGAGAAGAUGCCGGAGUCUCCGGGUCUGUCGCUGGUGGUGUCGGGCGUCACGGGCGGCGUGUUCGCGGCCUUCUGCUCCCACCCCUUCGACACAGCCAAGACGCGCAUGCAGGCGUUUAUGUACUCCAAGCCCGAGUACGCCAACCUGCGCUCCACCUUCGCCACCAUCUACAAGGAGGGCGGCCUGCCGCGCUUCUGGAAGGGACUGGCGCCGCGCAUGCUCAGGAUCGUGUGCGCCACCUUCAUCCUCAACUCGCUCCGCACCAACUCGGUCGAGUACCUGGACGCCGUGCGCGCGCCGAAGUCCCUCUAGGCGGGCCACACAGCCUAGGCGGCACGCCCGCGGGGCGGGGCGGCGCGAGGCGGACCGUUGUCGCCUUAAGUGCCAAGUGUGGGGUAGGCAGGCCGCUUCGGCAAGGGGGCUGCGGAUGCAAGCGUGGGCGGCUCUAAUGUAGCGGUUGGUUUUGCCUAGGACCCCCCGUGAGCAGGUGGAGGGUGGGUGGCUGGGUGGCUGGGGGUGACAGGACUGCUGGGCCGGAACCGGGAAGGUGUUACGGACAUGGCAGGUGCGAUAAUUAAGCUGGUGGCAUAGCAGCUUAGCGGUGCCGGUGCAAAUAGUUCAAUGCUCCCGGUUGGUAGAUGCCGCCGACAGUUUUCCUCGGGACGCUUUGGUUUCAAAAUGGCAGGAGGUAGGUGCAAGGGCUUCCUGAUAAUAAUAAUGCGCUUGGCGUGUUGUGCACGUGUGCAUGUGUUACCCAUAGGCACUUGCGGUGAGCACUGUGGGGGGCUAGGGGCUGGGCGGGUGGGGUGAAGGUGUGCCUGGCACGUGGAUUUGGCGUGGGGUCCUUUUUCUAUCGUAAAGCAUCUUGCAGCUUGCCAUGCUGAUGCUGAUGCUCAGGUGCUGUUGGUGCCCACGGGUUCGUGGCAAGCGGCCUGGAUGCAAGGCGUGCAUGAUGCUAAUCCUGCGGACGGCAGUCGUACGGCUCGCACAGGGAUUAUCGGCGGCUCAGGCGGCGAUUUGACAUUGUCGGGAAGUCGGGCAGGCCAACUGCAACUUCGGGCUGUUCUGAGAUGGGUGGAGGUACUGGCAAGUGGUGGGCGAAGAAGCUGUGCCCGCCGGGACGCGCGUAAUCUGAGCGGGAAGACUGGCGACGACUGGCGCUGGGGGGGGUGCGGGUCAGGGUGCCGCGCGAUGAUGUCGAAGUGACAGGCAUUGCAGUGCAGGAGCUAGGUCCCCACUU